AUGGUUUUUCCAGCCAUCGGCCUGGCGUUCCUGCCCUUGUUACUGACUCUGAUCAUUCGAUACCGCUACUACUUCGUGUUGCUGUACCGGGCUGUGCUGGUGCGCUGGGUUCGGGACUUUGUGACGGGUAUCAGCAGAGAGGAGCGGGUGUACGAGUACGUUUUAACACAUGCCACGCCCGGAGAUCCCGACAGCAUUCUAGAGACAUUCGACCACUGGUGCAACAGAGUAGAGUUUAUCAGCCACAUUGGACCUAAGAAAGGUUUGAUUCUGGACCGGUUGCUAAAGGAACACUGCCCACUGACAGUACUGGAACUGGGAACUCAUUGCGGUUACACAACUGUGCGUAUCGCCCGGGCACUUUCCAUCGGUGCCCGCCUCUACUCGGUGGAAAUGGAUGAGAAAAAUGCACGAGUGGCUGAGAAGAUCAUCAGGCUAGCCGGGUUUGAUGACGAUACGGUGGAACUGAUUAAUCAGCCCUCAGAAGAAAUCAUUCCCAAACUGCGUGAGGAUUAUGGUAUUGAGCGUCUGGAUUUCGUCUUUAUGGACCACUGGAAGCGCUGUUACCUGCCGGACCUGCAGGCUCUGGAGGGGUCCGGGUUGCUCGGAGAAGGUUCUGUGAUUCUCGCUGACAAUGUGUUGUUCCCCGGAGCUCCCAGCUUUCUGCGCCACGUACGCCGUUCAGGCCUUUAUGAACACCGUGUGCACCGGGCUGCCCUCGAGUACAUCCGGGGUAUACGGGACGGCAUGGCCGAACUCAUCUACCGCGGUGUGAAGUGA